GGAGGAGCAGGAGGCGGCGACGCUGGGCCUCAUCCGGCGCCUCGAGGCGGUGAGUGGAGUGCGCGUCGUGAGAGAACGCUGCGAGGCGCAGCGGCGCGUUGGCCCGACGCGGGCGCAGCUCACGCUUAUCGAGCCCGAUCUGACGCCUCAUCGGCCAGCUCAACACCGAGCGCGCCUCCAUCCAGGCCGCCCUGCAGUCGGCCACGCCGCAUGAUGGCAUCGCCGCACGCAUGCUGCGCUCGCCGCGCUCGGCGUCGCACCUCAACAUUGCGCAGUCGAGCGAGGCGCCGUCGGCCGCUGAGCUCGGCAAUGCGCUGCAGCACACCUCGCUGCAGGCCCUGCAGACGCACGGCAGCGCCGCGCUGCCGCCGCUGCUCGAGGGCACGACGAGCAUCAGCGGGCCGCGCACGCCGCGCACGCCCGAGUCGAUGUUGCACAUGCAGCGCAGCUCGACGUUUGGGCCCUCGUACGUGCACUCGCCGUCGUCGCCCUACUUUCCCAGCGUGCCGUACCCGACGCCUGCCUUUCCGCGCGCUGUCGGCGACCAGGCGCGCCAGAUCGCCGAGAAUGCAGACAGCCUUGCGGCGCAGGUCGAGGAGCUCGUCAACACGUCGAAGAGCUUCACGCAGGUGUGGGAGUACGCCGACGCGAUGCGCGACGAAUGCAUCCGCCUGCGUGGCCUGCUCGGACUGCCGACGAGCAUCGCGCCGCUGCCGGUGCCGCACCCGCGCACAACGACCCGCACCCGCACGGACUCUGUCGCAUCGACCAGCUCGACGCGAGCGCGCGGCCGCACGAUCACGUCGCCCAUGCGCCUCGACCCGCCGCCGCUCGGCGCGACGAGCCCGGGCCUGCCGGCGGUGCGCAAGCUGCGCGUGACGGACGGCGGCGAGCUGGUGCCUGUGCGCCGCGACCAGAGCCAGGAGACGGCGCAGCAGGAGGACGCAGAGGAGAUGGACGAGAGCUUCGAGUAGAGCGAGCCGCAGGCCCCAGUAGCUGCGCCCCGAUGACCAUGUAGAGAGCCGCGUCACCUCACCAAUCCACGUCACCACUUUUCCGCCAUGCCUGUUGAUGCUCUAUUGCGCUACUUCCACACGCCGCCCGGCACGGCCCAGACGCGCACCUCGCCGUCGUCGCCGGCGCUCGCGAGCAUGUCGGCCAUGCCGCGCUCGCCGAGCCGCACGCCCUCGGCAUCGAGCU